GUUUGUUUAUCAGCCAGUUUCUUUCUGGCUCAACAGGUUACUGCUGCCCCUGCUGUUCUCAGCAACUGCAAUCUAGGUUUGUCUGCUCAAAAUGGUCCGGUGUGGUCUGGCCUGUUGGAGGUGCCGAUGGCUCUUGCCCCUUCUCUUGGGCUUAGCCAUCAUCCUGGGCAUCAUCGCCUUGGCUGGCAGAGGGUGGCUGGAGUCGGCCGAAGCGCCUUAUGUGCGCAAAGCAUCACUAUGGUGGGACUGCUUCAAAUCCAGCCCUGGGGACCUCAACUGGGCAUGCAACUCCCUCAUGGAGUACAGUUGGGGUAAAGCAGCUGCUGCUACAUACCUGGUUGGCUUUGUCAUCCUGUGUAUCUGCUUCUGCCUGGCAGUCAUAGCGUUUUCCCUUGAAAUACUGCGGUGGAAUUUUGUUCGAGGAAUUGGAGGCUUGCUCUUCGUUGUUGCCGCUUUCCAGAUUCUGGGCUUGGUCAUCUAUCCAGUGAUGUACACAGAAGACAUUCCACUGACAGGAAGCAACAUGUUCAGCUGGGCCUAUGGCUUUGGUUGGGCAAGCACAGUGAUAGCGAUAGGUUGUGCAUUCUUUUUCUGCUGUCUGCCCAACUGGGAAGACGAAGUCCUGGGGAAUAUAAAACCCUAUGGGUACAAUGAUGUGGAACGUAUUUGAUUUGAGGACAGUAGAAAAUUGUUUUGAAUAUUUUUUUCUGCUUUGUGGCAGGAAAUCAGUGCUUGUAUUACCAUUCUUUCAUUUGAUAACAGAAUUUUGUGCUAAUAACCAAGCCACAAAAAUGCCACAAAGUUGUGUGCUAUCUUUAAAAAGUUAGCAAAUAUUAUUAUGGCAUGAGAUUCCAUGGACUAUAGUUUACUUCAUAGUCUCUGAACACUUACGCCACAAUAAAAUUAUUUUAAGUCUUUAAGGUGCUGUGGCUCUUCAUUGUUUUUGCUGCAACAGACAAGCACAGCUACCUACCUGAAGAUAGAUGCAAACUUUUUUAGGUAUAUACCCAUUUUCAUAUCUAAUCGUAGUUUAAUUACAGGAAAAAUAAGACAUUGCACUGUAUUUUGGUAGCUCCUUUUUAAUAUUUCCCUUUUAAAAAUAAUUGCCUUAAUAAUUAUUGCUCAUGCAGUUCAUUUCUAUAUGGUAAUGCCUUACUGAAUAAAUUGAUAAAGAAUAUUUUGGAACUUUUUGGACAGCACAACUCUUAAAUUUUGUUUUAUGUCUGUUGCUAAGGAAGUCUAUACAAUAACAGAACGCUAAGGGUAGGUUUUAGGAUGACAAUGUGGUUACAACAAAACAAUGUAUCUGAAAAUGCUUUUGAAAAAGCACAGAAUAAAUGUAUAUAGAUUUAGCAUGCAAUCUGCUAACCACUCUUUUUUAUUCACCCCCUCUUUUUGUUUGUUUGUUUGUUUGUUUGUUAAUGCGGCUUGUGCUAGAGCAGUGCUUGGAGCAGUACAGCCAAAAUGAAUAUUAUAUUCAAUUAGUUACUAGUUGCUGUCAAUUAAAUUCUAAGUAUGAGGAUUACAGUACUUUCUGUGCAAGACAAGUAUAACACAAAUGGUUGUUCUGUAGGUCUAAGGCACAAAUUAAUUUCACUUACAAUUGUGAAGGAGUGGUAUAUUUCCCAGCAGAAUAUUCAAUGUGUUUCACAAGUAAGAGAUUUUAAAGUGUGAUAGGAAAGAACCUCACUGAUGUACCUGUAAUACAUUUCCCUCCCAGUAUGUGGCAUAAUUUUAUCUUUACUUGAAUGACCUCAACAGAAAAACAUCCUGGAAUAAACUGUUUUUUCUAAGAAGUCUGAAGUAUCUUUUCUUGACACGAAAAGUGUAAUAAAGUAAAUAAACAAAUAUUCCCCAUUCUCCUUCCAUAUAGCAGAAAAAUCACAAUAUAAUUUGGAUUCCUCUCUGGGAUGAGAAUGCUGGCUGAUACUUAGUAGUUGAAAAUAUCCAUAAGAUAAUGUUAUAAAAUGGUUGUAUUAGUGCUUAAGCACAUGAUACAAUUUUGUACAUCAAAUUAUUUACCAGUUGCAUAGAUUUUAAUCUGCUAGCACCAUCUAUCCAGUUGAUGACAUGUACAAUGCAUUCUUAGGUGUGUCUACUCAGAAGUAAAAUUCAGCGUUACUCCCAGGUAAGCUUGUAGAGGAUUGGAGAUAUAAGCAUUUCCUAAGGGUCCUACUUUGAAAAUCCUACUUUGGGAUUUAAAACUGUAACUUUGACUAGAAUUUGAUGUCUAAUUUACAUUGUAGUGGCUAAUAAAGGAUAUCCUAUUCUGCAUUCAGAAGAUGAGUAUUUUUAGAUCUCAGAUUCUAAUUUGUAUUAUUAGUAGCAGAUAGGAUUUAAAAGUCACCACUUCAAACAAGGAUUAAAUUAUUAUGUCUUCAGACUUGACUAUCAUGUAUGCAUACUUCCAUUUAUAUUAAAAUGUAAAACAUAGCACAUAAAACUUAUGCUUACAAUGACAGCUAUUUGAAUAAAGCAUGUUACUAAGAGAAGUGGUAUGCCAAAUAUAUGGUUUUGUUGUAUACCUUGUUAUAGGAACUCUUUUGUAUUUGCAGAAAUGUUGUACAGUGCAAUUUAUAAUUUCAAAAUGGCUACUGUAUGUGUUUAUAACUCACUGUUCAAAAGAAUCCAUCCAUGGUUGAAUAAACUCAUUAAUAAAGAUUGCUCAAGCCAUACAA